UACUUCAAUGUAAACAAGAUGGCAGCUCCCAUUAUCAGAGUAUUUGAUUCAGAAGAUGAAGUUUCGCAAAAACUUUGCGAGUUUGUAACAUCUAAAGCGAAUGAAGCAAUACAUGAACGUGGAUUAUUUAAAGUAGGAUUUUCUGGUGGGAGUGCAGCCAAAUUUUUAUGUAAUGGGUUACCACAAGCUUCAACUGAUUGGGCUAAAUGGAGAGUUUUCUUUUGUGAUGAGAGGCAUGUCCCCUUUGAUGACCCAGAGUGCACAUUCAGCAUCUACAAGGCAAAUUUGCUCUCCAAAGUUCCAUUGCCUGUUGAGAAUAUGUAUUCCCUUGAUCCUAGUAUAUCAGUGGAAGAAGCAGCGGAUGAUUACGUAAACAAACUUCGCUCUGUUUUCUCUGAUGAGCCAAUCCCAAGGUUUGACCUUUUGAUACUGGGCAUGGGCCCUGAUGGGCACACAUGCUCUCUUUUUCCUGGACAUCCACUUCUACAGGAAACUAAAAUAGCAGCGCCCAUUAGUGAUUCCCCAAAGCCUCCACCAAGACGUGUGACCUUGACAUUCCCUACCAUCAACAACGCAGCUUGUGCAGUGUUUGCAACAUGUGGGUCUAGCAAAGCUGACAUAGUCAAGCAAGUUUUGGAAGAUGCAACCAAUGAUCCACUCCCAGCUGCAAGAGUUAGGCCCAGUAAAGGGGAGGUAAUAUGGUUCCUGGAUAAAGGAGCUGCAUCUAAAUUAAAGUCUGUGGCUAACUUGUAAUAAUUUGUAUUAAAUGUAUUUAAAACCCAUUAAUUGUAUUUUCACUGCUUAUUUAACAGUGUUUUGUUAUUCAAAUCUGUUUGUAACUAAAUAUCAAUUUACAAACAUGAGAAUUAGCAUUCUAUUUCUAAAUUAUUAUCAGUUACGCCUAAAAAGUUCUUGUUUUUCAAACAAGUGUUUAUUCUCAUGAUAAAGUAAUAUUAUGUUGCAAUUAAUAACAAUUUACUUAGAUUGUUAAUAAUAAUAAUUAAUUUUAAACUUGUCAAUGGUUAGAAAAAGUUUUAAAACUUUCUGUUGUAUCAAAAUGGACAAACCAUCAAAAAGUUUAAAAUAGGUUGGGUAUUUACUCUGUGGCCUCAGAAAGGUAACAUUUUAAAAUACAUUUUUUAGAAAUUAAGCUUGAAUGCAUAUGUUACUAUUGUUACACCAUGCACAACUUUUUUUUAAAGAUUUUUAAAUUUUAUUUUACAGUUCUUUUUUUUUGGGAGGGAUGAAUAGACAUAUACAUACAAAUAUAAAUGUACUUUAGUUUUAGAUUUAUUCAGGUUUGAAAGCUGCAGCCACAAGUAUACUGUGAUGUAGUUGUUUCAGUCAAUCAGUUCACAAACUGAUCUUGUUCUUUCACACUUUAUUACAGCAUUUAUACACCAUUUAUAACAGCAACAAUACUGUAGUUGAUACAAUUUUAUUUGUUAUCAAAUUCAUGGAAUAAAUGCUUUGUUUUAGAAGUUU